AUGAAGACAGAGCAUCUAUCUGCCACUCCCAAGGAGGAAGUUUCCAGCCAACUGCAGGAUCCUCUGGAGAGAAGAAGAUUGCAGAACCGCCUGUCUCAAAGGAAUCACCGUCGCAAAAUUCGGGAUCGCAUUGCAAAGCUCCAAGAGCGCGUUAUCGCCAACGAACUUAGAGCAGCAGCAGCCCUAAACGGAUGGGACCAGCAAUAUAUGCCGUCGCCAGUGUCUCACAGCACCCAUCCUGCUCUAUCUGGUAAUGGUUUUGGAUUCGAUUCUCGAGAUCUGACUCCUCUUGCCAUAGAGCCUUCAACGCCUUUCACGCCUUCAACCCCGAUUUUCUCUUCCAUUUCGUGGCCGAGUGAUUUCAAUACUCUUUCGUCACAUAAUUUCAAUGGAGAAUCACCGUCAUAUGGUGAUGGAAGCCUCUUGGCCCAUUCAAAUGGAUCCUCAUCGUCCACUAUAGCCAGUCUGGGAGGAGAGAUAUCCCGAGAAAUGACAUCUCCUGGAGAGAUCUUACCGUCAGAUUUAUGGUCUGCAUCUCAAGGAAACCAACCUUCAUACUAUGUUGCAACCGAGGCUGCACUUCCACAAAUCCUCCAGGUGAUUUACAACAUGUCUCCCCAAUCCAAAGUCAUUGUUCUGGUUUCUCCCGAAUCUCCCGCCUCUGCAUCCAUUCCAUCAUUUCCGCCAUCGAGCUCCUACAAUGGACUUGGCCGUUCUACGAUGCCCCAACAAUUCCCACAAGAUCCGAGCUGCCUUUGUUAUCCCCAGAAUAUACAUUCCAGGUCUUGGAUGGACGCGGGAUCAUACACACAAAGAUGCCCCAUACACAAGAUAUCAUCGACCGGGAGAUUUACCGGUUAG